UCCUGUGGCUCCUCGUGCUCUUUCAGUCUCUCGGUCUCGCUUCAGGAGCCUCCAAGGACCUGGUGUGUGAGCCCAUAACCGUCCCCAUGUGCAGAGGCAUCGGCUACAACCUGACCUACAUGCCCAACCAGUUCAACCACGACACACAGGAGGAGGUGGGAUUAGAGGUGCACCAGUUCUGGCCCCUUGUCCGCAUCCGCUGCUCCCCUGAUCUGCUCUUCUUCCUCUGCAGCAUGUACACCCCAAUCUGUCUGCCGGACUACAAGAAGCCUCUUCCGCCCUGCCGGUCUGUGUGUGAACGAGCCAAGCGAGGGUGCUCCCCCCUCAUGAGCCAGUACGGAUUCGAGUGGCCUGAGAGGAUGAGCUGCGAACAGCUGCCCCAGCAAGGCGACGACGUCCUGUGCAUGGACCAGAACAGCAGCGAGACCACCACUUUGGCGCCACUGUUCCCCAAACCUACAUCUAAAGGUCGAACCAGACCUCCAAGUCCGCCUCAGUGUGACAGGGAGUGCCGCUGCAGAGACCCCCUUGUCCCAAUCAAGAGGGAGUCCCAUACCUUGUAUGGCCAAGUCCAUAUCGGUCCCCUUCCCAACUGUGCUCAACCCUGUCACCAGCCGUACUUCUCCCCUGACGAACGUGCCUUCACCAGCUUCUGGAUCGGGCUCUGGUCGGUGCUGUGCUUCAUCUCCACUUUGACCACCGUGGCCACCUUCCUCAUUGACAUGGAGCGCUUCAAGUACCCUGAAAGACCGAUCAUCUUCCUGGCUGCAUGCUACCUCUUUGUCUCUUUGGGGUACAUCAUUCGCCUGGUGGCCGGGCAUGAGCGAGUGGCGUGUGGCGCCAGUAGCAGUGUCGCCGGCGACGUGCUCCACAUCCUCUACGAUACCACUGGCCCAGCUCUCUGCACCCUUGUCUUCUUGUUGGUGUACUUCUUUGGCAUGGCCAGCUCCAUCUGGUGGGUGGUUCUGUCCUUCACUUGGUUCUUGGCUGCGGGAAUGAAGUGGGGAAGCGAAGCCAUCGCAGGAUAUUCACAGUACUUCCACCUCGCUGCUUGGCUCAUCCCAAGCGUCAAGACCAUCGUGGUUCUGGCUCUCAGCUCUGUGGAUGGGGACCCUGUUGCUGGGAUCUGCUACGUCGGGAACCAGAGUUUGGAGAACCUUAGGGGAUUCGUUCUUGCACCUCUUGUGGUCUACCUCUUCACUGGCUCGCUUUUCCUUCUCGCUGGAUUUGUCUCGCUCUUUCGCAUCAGGAGCAUCAUCAAGCAAGGUGGAACCAAGACGGACAAACUGGAGCGGCUCAUGAUUCGCAUUGGGCUCUUCACGGUUCUCUACACAGUCCCUGCAACCAUCGUGGUGGCCUGCCUGGUCUACGAGCAGCAUUACCGCCCUGGUUGGGAGCGAGCGUUGGCCUGCAUGUGCCUCUCUGAGCGCCAGCGUUUGGGCGUAGGCCCGGACUACGCCGUUUUCAUGCUCAAAUAUUUCAUGUGCCUGGUGGUGGGGAUCACCUCAGGUGUCUGGAUUUGGUCAGGGAAAACUCUGGAGUCCUGGAGGAGGUUUGUGGCUCGAUGCUGCCCCUGUUGGUCGCAGAAAGCCACUGCACCUCCCUCCAUGUACAGUGAGGUCAGUACUGCUUUGACUGGGCAUACUGGGACUGGGCUGUCAUCAGGGAUCUACCAUAAAGCUGCGCCUUCACAUAUAUGAGCUGAACUGGGAGGACUAAAGCUCAUUAAGUCUGUAAAAUAAAUUUGAAACUCUAAGAAUCCAGAGUGGGAGUAUGGACCAACUUCUGCGGGAUCAUGUGCUUGUGAAUUUUCUAGACGACAGUGAGGAUGUACAGAAAAAUGCACCAAAACUUCAGAGUCUAAAAGGGAAAAUUUAAAACUCUACAAAUG